AUGCUUUCGCAUUACAAUGGAGCCAACCACGGCGCGGAUUGGGCUGAUAAUGUCUUCAAAGAAGCAGUGGCCGAGUUUACUGCUACUAUUCCCAAAAAGUCCUCAAAAUCAGAAUCGGUUUCUGACCUCCAACCUAGUAGGCUCGAGUACAUUAUCACUUGUCUAUCAAGAGCACAAUUGCAGUACCAAGAUCUACGAGGCAAUCCAAAGAUCCGAAAGUGUCUCACAGCGUUCGCUCAAAAGGUACAUUAUUAUGGCGCUGUCACGGACGCGUUAGCACAAGGCUCACCACAGUAUGUGUCAUUUGUAUAUGGUGCCAUGAAGCUAGUGUUUGUUGGUGCUGUAAAUCACGAAAAGUCUCUUGCAAUAAUCGUAGAUGGUUAUGCCAAAUAG